AGAAAAUGUUUUUUUUUUUUUUUUUGAUAGGAUGUUACAUGUUAGAAGAAAAUGUUUGGUGAAGCAAAGUUAGCAUCGGAAGGAAGACAAAAUGUCGAAGCUGUUUUCGAGGGUUGCUGGGUUCUUCAGCAACAGGACUAAGAUGGGUGUCGACAAAGCUGGGAACCGUUACUUUGCCAGAAAAGAGGAGAUUGAUGGUGUAUUGAAAGAAAAAAGAUGGGUGAUAUUUAAGGGUGAAGAUGAUCCAACUUCUAUUCCAGUACAUGCUUGCCUAUUGAUUAUUGUAGUUGAAUGGAUAUGUUGGCUGAACGGCCAGCGGAAGAAAGCUCCAACGUCAGAGGAAAGGGAAGAAAUGGAAGCAAGGCGUGAGCGCGUGCGUCUGAAUGUUGCUCUUAUGAAGAAAGAAGAAGAGGAAAGGAAACUAAAAGAAGGCAGUACACAGAAAGGUAAAGCAGCGGGUCCAGACCUGAGUAGUUUCAUUCGGCAGUUUCCAGGUUUUUCAGAAGGUGUCAAAGUUGAGGAACAAACUGAUGGGGAAGGAGUAAGGAAUGGCAACAAGAGUGAGAAAAAUACUUCAAGACCAAUCCCAGAGUCUUCGGAGCCAACAGGAUCGGGGCAAACAUACAAGCCAGGGACAUGGCAGCCACCAACAUGAACUUUGGAGUAGCUGCCUGCUGUUUUGGCACAAAUACAAACCCAAUUUUCUGCUUUUAUUUGACAUCCGAAAGAAAGUCAAGAGGUGAAUCCAUUUAAAACACAUUAUUAGAGUUUAAAAUUAAAGAGUUUAUUAAUAAAACAAUAUUAGAGUAUUGUUUGCGAAACGACAAAUAAAUAUUUAUAUUAAUUAAGUAAUUUUAAAUAAUAGAAUAACUUGAAAUUGAUGUGGAUUA